GACCGCUGUUCACAUCCCGAGGAAUGUCUUCAUAACGACAAGAACUCGCACUGCAAUCAGAGUCCGUACUCCAGUCGAUGUGAAUGUAAUGCAGGCUUUGUUUACGACAAAUACAAAAGCAUUUGUGCCCCGGAGACCAAGAAUGUGCGGAAGGGCUCGAACCCGGCGCUCAUGAUUCCCACGGCGGCCGGCCUUCUCAUGGCCUGCUUUAGCCUCCUGUGCUGUUGUGCCCUCAUAUGGCAUAACCUCUGCCGUAGACAUGAUAUUAUCAACAGAAACGCAGCCAACGGAGCGUCGAGUGGCGCCAGAAGUCGUCGCACAGGAGGCGAUGCCAGACGUGGAACUGGUGUUAACCGAAGGAAUCAGACAAAUGAGACUCAAGUGUCGGCCCAUUUGCCGCCAUACGAGUCAAUACUGAUUGACAGCAUGAAUAACGAUCCGCCGCCGACUUAUGAGGACGCCAUCAAAGACACCUCACAUCCCACACAACACACCCCACACACGGACACCGCGGAGACCAAGAUCACAUAACAGGUCCCGAGUCUCACGUUUAGAGCAAUUUCAUGUCGGAUUCACCGAAAUAUCGGAUAUUUUUAUAUGUUUUAUAAUUGAAUAUUGAGUUGAUUUAGUCUGUGAUGAAUGCAUUCAAUGCUUUCUUACAAUUUGUUUCUCAUUCGCUGAAGAUUUCGUUUCAAUGCAUUUUCAGUCAAACUGUAUUUAUUCAUCACUUCUCACCGAUUUGUAAAUUUUUUAUAAUGUAUUUAUUAUUAUACGCC